CUACGCAUGCGCGGGAGCAAGACUGCCUUCGCGUCACGGUAUUUUUCUCGACGCAGCUGACGAUGUAAACAAGGGGAGCUCGUCGAGGGCAAGGGACCGAGGUAUUAUUGACAUCGCUGAUGCUAACCGCUGCUCCGUCCUACAGCGCUGGCAUGGGGCUCCCGGUGACCAUAAAAGUCAACUUCAGGGGGAACGUGAAGCGGCUGCUGGCCCCGGAUCUGGACAAGUCGGAGUGGGAGUCUGUUGACGCCUGGAUCAAAGCGUCGUUCGGCAUCAGCCACUUCCAAGUGAAAUACUUCGACGAGGACAACGAAGAGAUUUGCAUAAACAGCCAAGAGGAAUAUGAAGAAGCGAUCAAGAGCGCCGAGAAGCAGGGGAACCAGUUACACAUCAACGUCUACAAGAUGAAGGGCCAGGCCUGUGGGGCCCCGCUGAAGGGAGAGGUGAAGGAGCUGAAGGGGGACCUGAGGCCGGCCCCCCCCUACCCCUCCAGGGUGAAGACGGUGGACAAAGGAACGCAGGUCACCCCCGACCGAGAGCCCGUGACCCCCAAAGACCCCAAGGGCAGCAAACCAGAAGACGAGCCCCCGCCGGUCUGGUUCCGGUCCUACAUGGAGAAGUUCAAGGACGAGGUGGUGAAGGAGGUGGUGGAGAGGAUGUGCAACGACUUCUCGGGCCAGUGCUGCACCCACAAAGCGGAGGACGAGGCGGGGGGGCAGGGGGCCAGCGGGGGGGCCAGCGGGGGCCCCCCGGCGGUGGUCCCCAGAGCGGCCCCGCCCUCCACCUCCAACACCUCCUUGGGGUACACGCCCAACUGCAGCAGCUGCAACAAGCUCACCUCUGAAGGGGCCUACAAAUGCAGCGUGUGUCCGUCCUGCAUCCUGUGCGAGCUGUGCCGCCACAGCCACGACCCGAGCCACAGCCUGGUGAGGACCAAGACGCCGCUGUCCAUCCCAGAGCACGGGACGUCUGGGGAGCUGAGGUUCCCGAGGCGCGGGGACCGAACGGUGCGCAAGGCGGAGCGCCAGCGGCUGAAGGCGGAGCGGCGGCAGCUCAGAGCCGAGGUGAAGGAGAUCAAGAAGAAGCUGCGGGUGGAGAAGAGGUCUCUUCAGUGGAGCGGCCCCGCGGCCCCCGCCCGGCCCGCCCUGCCCCACAUGGCCUCCGCCUCCACCCAGGCCCCGCCCCCGCCCCCGCCCCCUGCCUCAGAAGCAGCCUCAGGUUCAGCCCCCGCGGGCCCGGAGCCCCCCGCCUCCAGCCCAGAGGGUCCCGGGCUCUCGGUCUCGUCCUUGGUGCCCACUAUGGCCGCCUUGUUUCUGGAUGAGAAUCUCCCGGACGGCACCCGGCUGGAGCCCGGCGCCAAGUUCAUCAAGUACUGGAAGAUGAGGAACUCUGGCACUAUCGGCUGGACCUCGGAGACCAAGCUGAAGUUCAUGUGGGGGAACCUGGGCCUGGCGUCGGAGGAGCGUCGGGAGCUCCCCGUGCCACCGCUGCAGCCCGGCCAGGUGGGCGUGGUCAGCGUGGCCUUCGUGGCCCCGGUGAUGGACGGGACGUACACGUCCCACUGGCGGCUGGCCCACUGCGGGACGCAGUUCGGCCCGCGCGUCUGGUGCAGCAUCGUGGUCGACCCCGGCAACACGGGACACACCUUCUGCCCUCAGAGCAACAGACUGAAGGAGGACAGGAAGGAGGACAGCGCUCUGGACAGUGAGACGGAGAUGUCUGUGGACCUCAGCAACAGAGACUACUACUUCCCCUCUGUGGACCUGCUGACUGCUCAGGACCUGCUGUCCUUCGAGCUGCUGGACAUCAACAUCGUGCAGGAGCUGGAGACGGUCCCCAACAACACGCCCGUCGACCUCACCCCCUGCAUGUCCCCGCUGCCCCGGGACACGCCCGUGAUGGAGCGGGCGGCGCCGGUGGCGGAGGGCCCGGGCGCGGACCUGAAGAGCUGCUUCUUGAAGCCCGGGGCGCGGGCCGAGGCCCCGGGCCCCGAGGACGAGCGGGAGCAGGAGAUCAGCGGGGCCCAGUUCCUCUGCGAGACCCUGAUCCGCUCCCUCACCCUGGAGGAGGCCCCCGACCAGAAGCCCCCGCGCCGGGGGCCCCAGGCGCCCCGCAGACCCCUGGUGCUCCGGGCCGUCUCCCGGGACUCCGGGCUCCGCCCUGAGAGGACGACGGAGGCGGCGGAGAGGCUCCCCGGAGCCAGCCUGGACCCGGACGCCAUCAGGGUGGAGGUCCUGGCGCCGCCCCCCUACCCGGGACGGCCCCCGGGGAGGCCGAAGGAGGAGUCAGGAGGAGAGGGGCCCCCCCAGACGACAGAGGGGGAGUUGGGGGUCCUGACGGAGGAGAGGACGGACGCGGAGGAGAAGAGCGAGGAGGACGAGGAGGAGGAGGAGGAGGAGGAGCGGGGGGAGGACGAGGACUGGGACGAGGUGAGCAGCCAGACGUCCUCCUGUGACGACUACAUCAUCGUGCUCCCGGACUGCUUCGACACCACCCGGCCGCUGGGAGACUCCACCUACACCCCCACCCAGGAGGACCAGGGACCCCCGCAGGAGGGGCCGGAGGGGGGGCAGGAGGGGGGGCAGGAGGGGCAGGAGGAGGAGGAGGAGCAGCAGGAGGAGGACGAAGAGGACGAAGACGACGAGGAGGAAGAUGAGGAGGAGGAGGAGGAGGAGGAGGAGGAGGAGGUCACCCCGGAGGAGAGCGUGCUGUUCCCCCCCCCGCCGCCCUCCCCCCCCCUGGCCCGCCCCCCCGUCCUUGUGGUCAACCCGCUGCUAAGUGCCUCCAAGACCCUGAAGACCCCCCCCCUAACGCCCCCGCUGGUGACCACGCCCUCUCCGCCUCCCCCGACGCCGGCCCCGCCUCCGCAGCUCCCGGCCACCGCCCCGGUGCCUGUGGCCCCUCCCACCCUCUACUCCCCCAGGUCCGAGGCCUUGUACCUGGCGGAGGAGUGCACCCCCCCGGACUGCGACCCCUACGAGCCUCGCCAGCCUGGCAUCACCCUCAACGUAUCAUCUGGUUUAUCCAGAUCAGCAGGCUCCGCCUCCAGUGCCUUUGAGACCUACAACCCGCGACCGGGUAACGCUCUGCAGCCCAGCAGGGCCCAGGGCGGCAUCACGGAGGGGCUGGUGAAGGGAGCGCUGUCUGUGGCCGCCUCGGCCUACAAGGCCCUGUUCACCGGACCCAACUGCAGCGUGCAGCGUGGCGUGGACCCGGCGGCCCGCCAGGACCCCUCCCUGAUGGCCAUGCUGCUGGAGAUGGGCUUCAGAGACCUGCAGCUCAACCAGCGGCUGCUGAGGAAGCACGGCUACAGCCUGCUGCACACCGUCAACGAGCUGGUGCAGAUAGCCGAGGAGGGGCCCCCCCCCCGCCCCGCGCUGGGGUACCCGGCCCCCAGCCCGGGGCCCUAGGGGCCACGGGGGGGGCGGGGGGGGGGGGAGUGACUUGUGUGCCCUUUGACCUUCAGGGUUCCUGGAGAGGGCCUCUGGUGGGUUCCAGAAGAAGAACAUGUUGCAUUUUAAUUAAAGUUUAGAAAACGCGUAACUAAUAACGGAACUGAUGAUUUAAGAUUAAGUAUUCGUGACUCCAUGUAAACUGUAAACAGAAGCAAUAUUUUUCCAGUACACUGUCGAGAUAAAUAUAGAGGGUUCAAAAUACUAUUCAAGCCAAGCUUCACAGUGGUUGACGGCGACGAGCACUACUAAUUAUACGCUGAUAGAGUGAUGGGGCAGAGGUGUAUAUUCUGUAAUCUCAUUCUCCCACUGAUUGACCCAAGAGUCCACACCCACUCUCGGAGAGAGCGACGGUAGUUUGGACCGGUGUAGGACAACAGUAAAGAUCUAUAUAUUUAAAAGUCUGUGCUAUUUUAAGGCGAGAUGAAUCUUAUUUUGGCGCAGAGAGCCGCUGUGUGGAGCUCCCUGCUUUAGGAGCAGAGGUGCUGCUCCUGGCUGGAGCUGUUAGUUGGAUGUUGACGUGUGGAAUGUACCCCGCGGCCCAGAGCCGUCUGACCGCCUGUUUUCUACGGCUUUAGAGACCGCCUGCAUGUCAGGUAGAGCUUAGAGGUGAGUAGUGGUCUUAGCACAGUCCAGCGUGGACUAAUGUCUCUCCGCUUUCUGCCUCAUUGUUUACCUAAUGCCUACCUGCAUCUCCAUCCCCACGGCAACCUGUUACUGUCGUUUCCUCAGAACCCACCUGACCUAUUCUCAGUCAUGGCACAUUCCUGAUUCUCCGAAGAGACACUGUUGAAUUUUUUUUGGUUUUAGGAUUCAUGAUUUUUAAGUGAUUUAUUGUGUGUGUGUGUGUGUGUGUGUGUGUGUGUGUGUGUGUGUGUGUGUGUGUGUGUGUGUGUGUGUGUGUGUGUGUGUGUGUGUGUGUGUGUGUGUGUGUGUGUGUGUGUGUGUGUGUCCAUGCUCUGAGGUAAAUGCUGAUAUUCCUGCUGUGCUUGUGAAGUUCAAGUGGCCCCAUCCUAUCAUAAAGUUUAAGCAUACUCAGCUACUACCAAUCUGCCAAUAAACUAUUUGCACAACA